UGAAUUAAACACAACAUGAUGAUCAUCAUCUUCUACAUCGCCCUUAAUGUCAUAAUAAUUUCAGGUAAUGUAGUUUAAACAGCUUUAAAUGUGAAACUCAUGCCACAAAUUCCAGUAUUUUUAAGUACUUUUACUGAUGAUUGUACUCUCUGUAAUGUUUUUUCUCCACAGGUUCCUCUCUCAGCGACCAAGUCCAUCAGAUCCAGAGUGAUAUUUACGCCAAAUCUGGAGAAGCAGUUGAAAUACAGUGUGUACACAGCAUUGCCAACUAUGACCGAAUCAUGUGGUACCGACAAACAGAGGAUGGGCAGCUGCACUACCUGGGAUACAUGGUUUCAACCCUCGGAUAUCCAUCAUCCGGACUGCAGAUAAAAGGAAACGCAGCCGCAAACCAGACCUGCACAUUAAGAAUUGAUAAAGUCGCCUUGAACAGCAGUGCAGUGUACUUCUGCGCUGCAAGCUACCACAGCACCACAUUAUCACUGCUCAUCAGUACAAUAACCUCCUCCUCCUCUACAGAACAGCCCACAGCCUCCGACACCUGGACGUAUAUCUGUCAGAUCCUGGUGUGUUUAUAA